ACGCCGCUGACGCAGCGCGCCCAAGAUGGCGGCGCGGUUGUCGUCGGGGGCGGCGGCAGCGGCGGGGGCGGCGGCCGUGGCGGCAGCUGGGACGACAGCCGUGACGGCGGCGGCGGCGCGAGGCCUGGGCCGGCGGGAAUGAGGAGGCCGCGGCGGGCCGGCGGCGGAGCGGUGUAGCGGAGGAGCGGCUUCCCCUCUCUGCUUCCCGCGGCCGAGCCGGGGGCGCGCGCGCGCGGCCGUCCGGAGCGGGCUCCCCACUCUCCGCCCCGCACCGCACCCCCACCGGGCCCGGAGGAUGAUGAAGCUCAAGUCGAACCAGACCCGCACCUAUGACGGCGACGGCUACAAGAAGCGGGCCGCGUGCCUGUGCUUCCGCAGCGAGAGCGAGGAGGAGGUGCUACUGGUGAGUAGUAGCCGCCAUCCAGACCGGUGGAUUGUCCCUGGAGGAGGCAUGGAGCCUGAGGAGGAGCCGGGCGUGGCAGCAGUCCGGGAAGUCUGUGAGGAGGCUGGAGUAAAAGGGACAUUGGGAAGAUUAGUUGGAAUUUUUGAGAACCAGGAGAGGAAGCACAGGACGUAUGUGUAUGUGCUCAUUGUCACGGAGGUGCUGGAAGACUGGGAGGACUCGGUUAACAUUGGAAGGAAGCGGGCGUGGUUUAAGGUGGAAGAGGCCGUCCAGGUGCUGCAGCACCACAAGCCUGUGCAGGCCUCGUACUUUGAGACGUUGCGGCAAGGCUACUCCGCCAACAACGGCACCCCGGUCAUGGCCACCACGUACGCCGUGUCUUCUCCGCAGAACUUCACGGGCAUCAGAUGACUGAAGACCUGGAAGGGGGUGGAAAUUGGAAACCAGACUGAAGUGCAGACCUUCCCUGUCCCCUUGCUCUCCUCCCCCUCCUCACAGCCUCCUCUCGGGCAUGGCAGCAGAGAAAGGGCUGGUGAUAACGUUGCUGUUUGGUGUUCCGUGAUGGGGCUUUUCUUAGUUGGGUGGGGUAAUUGUAAGCCCUUUUGUGCAUGAUCUGCCCUCCCUGUUCACAUCCUACAUUCUCAGAGGCACAGCCAUCCUCUGCCUCGACUCUAUAGGGUUCCAUCUGCCACAUCUUGGCCCUGGCCGGCUCUCUUAUUCGAUUUUUAAUUUUUUUAUUUUAUUAAAAGAUACCAAUACGAGAUGAAAUCUUUCAAGAAUGUGCUCUGUAAUGUGCUCUUCUGCCCAGUGGUCGGUCCCUUUCACUGCAGGUGCAUUUACCUACACAUUACAUCCUGGGCACGUAAUCUGUAAAUAAGUGACUUAGAAGAGGAAUUUAACUCUUUAAAAUUUUCAAGGUUUUGUUUUGUUUCAUUUUGGGCGUUCUGACACAGAGCCUCACAGUUUGUUUUCUUUUGAUGUUAGUGACUAGACCAGCUCCCUGCCUGCCUCCUCCAGUCAGGACUGCGGUUAGCGGCCGGGCACAGCCAGUGCCUGGCCUUUCUCCUCCAGCUGUGCCCGGCCCAGGGAGAACCGGGAAGAAGCCUGUUCCUUGUCAGAACCAAGCCAGGAGCGAUAGGAGUGAUAGAGAUGGAAUUCCUCCCUGCGGGCUGACAGUAGGGAUUUGAACUGGGUUCCUGGAAUUACUUUCUAAAAGCGGGCGUGGCGCACUGCUCCUGUCCUGCUGGAGUUUUUCCGUGAUGCGGCUUCUCACCACAGCAGCCUCUCCUGUGCGUCCGCCGGCCAGCCCUCAGCCGUGCAGCCCUUCCCCGCCCAGGUGACCGUGCUGCGUCCGGAAACGCGCAGGAGGGCGGUCCGGGCGUCCGCCUGUCUGAGGGUCCAGCACUGGCCAGUGACCAUGCUCAUCUCAGAAGUACUGACGUGUCCCGGGAGGAAAAGCCGUGUGUGGCAGAGUGUGUAACACUGGCUCCCUGCACGCUGUCCGGUCAGGUUCUGACAGGUCUGCUGGCUGCACUUGUGUUGUCUCGUUGAGAAGUCAGGGUCUUAAAAUCCAGUCGGGGCGGGAGGGGGAGGGGGAGGGGCACUGAUCAGCCCUGGCUUGGGGAAGGAGCUAGUUGCUAUACCCUCAGUGGCAUCUCCUUUGUCAGAACAUAGCCAAGAUGUGAAAUUAGAAUCGUAGUUCUCUUUAUUUAAGAAUUCUAAUAAAUACUCAAACUUUG